UUUUUUGCUGUCCAGUUGAAACAAUUCUUUUCAGAAUUUUCGUAGUUGUUUUCUUUAACUUUCAAACCAAAAUGAAUUUGACAAGACCAGCACGCGUACAAGUCACUCAAGCAGAACUUGAUGAUUAUUUAAAAGACAAAAGACCAGAGGGAGGAACUUAUAAUAUUUGGCAUCAUCGUUAUUCUGGACUUGAAAGGGAUUUCAACAAGCAGAGUGUUCGACCCAAGUUUAAAGUAGACAUUGCAAGAGAUGCCGGGUUAACGAUUGGCUCUAGAAAUAAGAAUGCGUAUUUUUGCCUGUUUUUUGCUAAAGGCAUGUGUUCGCAAGGACCAAAGUGUGCCAUGUGGCAUCGUGUCCCAACCACAGAGGAUAAAUUAGAAACCACCAUCGAUUGUUUUGGACGUGAUAAGUUUACCGAGUUUCGUCAGGAUAUGGGUGGUGUUGGUGGAUUUAUUCGUGAAAACCGAACAUUGUAUGUGGGUCGUAUUGCCAUUUCAUCAGACACAGAAAAUGUUAUUAGACGUCAAUUUGGACAGUUUGGACCCUUAGAAAGAGUUAGAAUUUUGAAAAACCGUGGUGUUGCUUUUGUUACAUAUAAAACCAGAGCCAAUGCUGAAUUUGCAAGAGAAGCCAUGAUGAAUCAAAACCUUGAAAAUAACGAGAUUAUUAACGUUCGAUGGGCCACAGCAGAUCCCAAUGCGAUCGCUAAUCGUUUAGAUGCUGAAGAUGAUCAGUUGGAAGAACAAAGAGUUGCACAAAUUCUUGCCGAAAACGCAGGUACUAACGAAGAUCAAGACGUUGAAUCUGAAUUACCAGCCGAAUUUACCUCAGUCAAACGUGAUAUGGAUGAAAGUGGCUUUAACCAAACAGAAAGACAUCUGAAGAAACAAAAGCCAGAAGAAGUCAAAGCAAUAACUGAAGCACAAGAUGCUUACACACAAGAGGAUUAUGAUAAUUAUUAUCGUCAACAACAACAAUAUAUUGAAUAUCAAGAACAACAACAGAAAGAGAAUGAAAAGGUUGGUGGUAUUAUUCCCAAAAAUAUUUUGGCCAAUUUAAAAACGCUUGCCAAAAAUACAACAACCACACCCGUUAAAACGCCCGAGAAGAAGACUACGAGUGGGUUGGGUAAUUUGGCUGACUAUGGUAGUGACAGUGAGGAAGACUGAUUUUUAUUUUGUUAAAAAUUAAAAACUGUUAAUAAAAAAAAAAACUUAUUCACUCAGCCUUUGUUGAUACUUUCGUAUCGGGCCACUCAACAAUUAUCAGCUUUGCAAAUACAAAUUAUCUGCUCUGAACAAGGAUGGAGAAUCAUCAUUGUGAAUA